AUGCCGACCGCCCUUGAGGCUUUCACCAACCUUUUAACCCGAUACCCUCCUCCUGUGCUCAUCCAACACGGUCAAUUGACUUCCAGCAAGGGGCGCCACUUCCUGACCACAGGUCCCGCGAGAGGUUCCCAGCUUCACCGUCCCGGAGACAGCAAGCUCCUGGCAGCUCCCCUCUACCUCAACCUCCAGGUAGCUAUGGCCUUCUCCACCAGGCUCGCCCAUCGAGCCCCGGCCGUGAUCCGCCAUGGACGACGACUGCCUACCGCCCUGCCCCGACGGCAAUUGACCACCGCCCCGGCCCCGGCUGCCGCCUACUCGAAGCUGAUCUCGGCCACCAGGGCCUCGCAGUACAACCAGCGCAGGAACUUCACAGCCUCGGCCGCCUGCUGCAGCGGCCUCGCCCAGGAGGCCCCCAACCCCAAGGCUUACCUCGAGAGCGGCGUCAUCAAGCCCAAGGACAUUGUAGAUGUCAAGAAGGUCCUGGUCAUCGGCAGUGGUGGCCUGGCCAUUGGCCAGGCCGGAGAGUUUGACUAUUCAGGCUCCCAGGCUCUGAAGGCUCUCAAGGAGGCUGGCGUUGCCUCUGUGCUUAUCAACCCCAACAUUGCUACCAUCCAGACCGCCCACGUGCUCGCCGACGAGGUCUACUAUCUCCCAGUCACCCCCGAGUACGUUACGUACGUUAUCGAGAGGGAACGACCCGAUGGAAUCUUCCUGUCGUUUGGUGGACAGACUGCGCUGAACCUGGGUGUGCAGAUGCAGCGCAUGGGUCUGUUCGAGCGCUAUGGUGUCAAGGUCCUUGGUACCAGCGUUCACACCCUGGAGCUCAGUGAGGACCGAGACCUCUUCGCCAAGGCCCUGAACGAGAUCAACAUCCCCAUUGCCAACUCGAUUGCCGUCGAGUCCAUCGAGGAUGCUCUGGACGCCGCUGACAAGGUCGGCUAUCCCAUCAUUGUCCGUGCCGCCUAUGCCCUGGGUGGUCUGGGAUCUGGUUUCGCCAACAACAAGGAGGAGCUCCGCAACAUGGCUGCUCGGUCUCUCACGCUUUCGCCGCAGAUCCUGGUCGAGAAGUCAUUGAAGGGCUGGAAGGAGGUCGAGUACGAGGUCGUCCGUGACGCCAACGACAACUGCAUCACCGUCUGCAACAUGGAGAACUUCGACCCCCUGGGCACCCACACCGGUGAUUCCAUUGUCGUUGCGCCCAGUCAGACUCUGAGCGACGAGGAGUACCACAUGCUCCGGUCGGCUGCCAUCAAGAUCGUCCGCCAUCUUGGUGUUGUUGGCGAGUGUAACGUUCAGUACGCCCUGCAGCCCGACGGCCUCGACUACCGUGUCAUUGAGGUCAAUGCCCGUCUUUCUCGAUCCUCGGCUCUUGCCUCCAAGGCCACCGGUUACCCCCUGGCUUACACCGCUGCCAAGAUCGGUCUCGGACACAGUCUGCCUGAGCUGCCCAACGCUGUCACCCGCACAACCACUGCCAACUUCGAGCCUUCGCUGGACUACAUCGUCACCAAGAUUCCCCGAUGGGAUCUGGCCAAGUUCCAACACGUCAAGCGUGAUAUUGGCAGUGCUAUGAAGUCUGUUGGUGAGGUUAUGGCUAUCGGCCGAACCUUUGAGGAGUCCUUCCAGAAGGCCAUCCGUCAGGUCGACCCAAAGUUCGUCGGAUUCCAGGGAGACAAGUUUGAGGACCUCGACGAAGUGCUCGCGAACCCCACUGACCGCCGGUGGUUGGCUGUUGGUCAGGCCAUGCUCCACGAGGGCUACUCGGUCGACCGUGUGCAUGAGCUCUCCAAGAUCGACAAGUGGUUCUUGUACAAGCUCCAGAACAUUGUGGACUGCACCCGCGAGAUGGAGGCCGUUGGUAGCCUCGAGAACCUCAAGCGUGACCUUGUUCUCAAGGCCAAGAAGAUGGGUUUCUCUGAUAAGCAGAUCGCCAUGGCUGUCAAGAGCGACGAGGACUCGGUCCGUGCCCACCGACAGGCUAUGGGAAUUCGCCCCUGGGUGAAGAAGAUCGAUACCUUGGCUGCCGAGUUCCCAGCUGACACCAACUACUUGUACACUACUUACAACGCCAGCACCCACGAUGUCACAUUCGAUGAUAAGGGUACCAUCGUAUUGGGAAGCGGUGUUUACAGAAUUGGUAGCUCUGUCGAGUUUGACUGGUGCGGUGUCAGCACUUCUCUGGCCUUGCGUAAGCAGAACAUGAAGACCGUUAUGAUCAACUACAACCCAGAGACCAUGAGCACUGACUUCGACUAUGCCGACAAACUGUACUUUGAGGAGUUGAGCUACGAGCGUGUCAUGGAUAUCUAUGAGCUCGAGAACGCCUCCGGUGUCGUUGUAUCUGUCGGUGGCCAGCUGCCUCAGAACAUAGCGCUUAAAUUGCAGGAGACAGGCAAGGCAAACGUUCUGGGCACCGACCCAAAGGACAUUGACAAGGCCGAGGACCGACAGAAGUUCUCUGGGAUUCUCGACAGUAUCGGCGUUGAUCAGCCCGCUUGGAAUGAACUGACCUCUGUCGCUGAGGCUGAGAAGUUCUGCCAAGAUGUUGGCUACCCUGUGCUUGUCCGACCCAGCUACGUCCUUUCUGGUGCCGCCAUGACGGUAAUCCGCAGCCACGAGGACCUCAAGGAGAAGCUGGAGGCCGCCAGCAGUGUCUCGCCCGACCACCCUGUGGUCAUCACCAAGUUCAUCGAGGGUGCGCAGGAGAUCGAUGUUGACGGUGUUGCCUCCAAGGGAGAGCUCAUCGUGCACGCCGUCAGUGAGCACGUGGAGCAGGCCGGUGUCCACUCCGGUGAUGCUACCCUGGUUCUGCCCCCUACCAAGCAGGAUGAGAGAACCAUGGAGCGCCUCAAGGAGAUCGCCCAAAAGGUCGCCAAGGCCUGGAGCAUCACUGGACCCUUCAACAUGCAAAUCAUCAAGGCUGACAACCCCGAGGGAGGCGAGCCUCUGCUGAAGGUCAUUGAGUGCAACCUGCGUGCUUCCCGAUCUUUCCCCUUCGUCUCCAAGGUCCUCGGCACCAACUUCAUCGAUGUUGCCACCAAGGCCCUCGUCGGAAAGGAUGUCCCCGACCCUACUGAUCUCAUGGCUGUCAAGCGUGACUACCUCGCUGUCAAGGUUCCUCAGUUCUCAUGGACUCGUCUUGCCGGUGCUGACCCCUUCCUUGGUGUCGAGAUGGCCAGCACGGGUGAAAUGGCUUGCUUCGGCAAGGACCUCGUCGAGGCCUACUGGACUUCUCUGCAGUCCGCCAUGAACUUCCGUGUCCCCGAGCCCGGUGAGGGUAUCCUCUUCGGUGGUGAGGUCUCCAAGCCCUGGUUGACCCAGAUCGCCGACUACCUGGCCCCUCUCGGCUACAAGUUCUACGCCGCCGGCAACGACGUCAAGGAGUUCCUCGAGUCGUCGACCAAGGACAAGGUCAAGGUCGAGGUUAUCGAGUUCCCCAAGGAGGACAAGCGCGCCCUGCGCGAAGUCUUCCAGAAGUACGACAUCCGCGGUGUCUUCAACCUGGCCCUGGAGCGUGCCAGGACCACCACUGACGUCGACUACGUCAUGCGACGAAACGCCGUCGACUUCGGUGUUCCGUUGUUCAUGGAGCCUCAGACCGCCAUGCUCUUCGCUCAGUGCAUGAGCGAGAAGCUCCCCCGCAACGAGGGUAUCCCCUCCGAGGUCCGCCGGUGGUCCGACUUUAUCGGCGGCAAGCCGUUGUAA